AUGGUUCUUCAUCUAUCACGCUCAACACGGCUGAGCGUUGUGAUUGUCGGCUUCUAUACACACUCUAUUUCUCUGAUUGCGGAUGCUUUCCACUAUCUGAAUGAUUUAGUUGGUUUUAUUAUAGCCCUUGUUGCAUUGAAGAAAUCUGAGCGCAGUGAGUCGCCUAAGGAGCUUACUUUUGGUUGGCAACGGGCUCAGCUGCUCGGUGCCUUUUUCAAUGGUGUUCUUCUGUUAGGACUGGGUAUUAGUAUAUUUUUGCAGUCCAUUGAGCGAUUUAUUGCUAUACAAAAUGUUCAUAACCCCAAGCUGAUGUUCAUCAUUGGGUGUAUCGGAUUGGGUCUCAAUGUUAUUAGUGCAGUCUUCCUCCACGAACAUGGACAUGGACAUGGACACAGUCAUGACCAUAGCCCAUCACCCACGAUUGAGACACCGGUUCUUCACCUUGGCGAAGAAUGCCAUGAUUCCAGCACCAAACACCACGAUCACAAGCAUCUUCAUUUCGAAAAACAUCACUGCGAAGACUCAGGCGGCCAUAGCCAUGGUCACGGCGGUCACGACCACGGUGAUCUGGGUAUGAUGGGAGUGAUGAUCCACGUCAUCGGCGAUGCAAUCAAUAACCUGGGCGUAAUGGCCGCGGGUUUGAUUAUCUGGCUCGCCGCACCCCAUGCCGGCCGAUACUAUGCCGAUCCAGGUGUGAGCAUGUUCAUUGCCAUCCUCAUUAUUCUAUCGUCUUUCCCUCUGAUGCGCCGGGCCGGGAUGAUCCUGCUAGAGAGUGUGCCUACGGGGGUUGACAUGUGCGAUGUUCAACACGACCUUGAGAAGAUCAAGGGCGUCAACUCAGUCCACGAACUCCACAUCUGGCGUCUCAACCAACAAAAAACCCUCGCCUCAGUGCACGUUGUCGUGUCUGAGGACUCGGUCGAGGACUUUAUGAAGACAGCACGCGUGAUCAAUGAGUGUUUCCACGCCUAUGGAAUCCACUCAGUUACACUGCAGCCCGAGCUAUCGGAGGAAGUUGAUGAGAUGUUGCAUGAAUCUCGUCGGUGCCAGGUUAUCUGCGGGACGGUGUGUGAACAGUUCACUUGUUGUGGAUAG